GGGCAUUGACGUGACGGUGUUAAAUUAAGACAUUCAAUUGUCGUCGUUUCUGAUUUUUUUUUUCCAGCUUUUUACAAAGGGAACUUUCCAUUUGCCAUUUAUAACAAACUCAUCUGGUUGUAGGCUUAUUAGAGUGUAAAUAUGUAGCAGUCCGCUUCAUUAGGCUCGUUGAAGUUAAAAUGAGCAAUGAACAGCCCAGUUUCCCGAUAGUUGUAUUAGUUUGAGCCACGUCGUUACGGAUUAGCGGUAGCUAUGUUGUACGAGAAUAAAAUAGUUUACCCUGGACUAGUCUAGCCUGCUCCAUUCUAAGGACGCGUAAAUUAGCUGACGGGGCGUCAGUCUGAAUAUUAGCUACAUUUCACUGGACAGGUUGUUAAUGUUACAUGUCAGAUAUGAUUAAGACAGCAGGGCUGUCGCUAUGUCUGUGUAACCCUACGUUACUUAACAAAGCAUCUCAGUUCUGUAAAGUGUAGGGCGGAAAAAAACAAAAACCCUCACGUUUCCGAUUUAAAGUAGCGUACAUUCGCCGCUUUUAUGCUUAACUCCAUUGCCUGGAUUACGCAGUAGGCUUCGCUUUGUUUUUACGUUGUUCGUUCAGCCACGUGUGAUGAGGAUGCCGGAUCGCAUUCCUUUGUUCCUGACACUCGCUGCUAGACGGGGUAGUCUCCCUUCGGCUCGGCUUCCAUUCAACAAAUGUAGUCCGGGACCUGUGGUAUAAUGAGCCAGUCACGUAUGCUAUUUCUGGGUCCUUUGGACAGACCGUUUGGGAUUACCAGGAGCUGAACACAAACCUGUGAUAUUAUCUUGUGGGGUGAUUUUCAAACGGACAAAUUCCCCAACAUGACUUGUGACCUGUGAGUUUGAACCCGACGUUGACUUAGAAGAUAAAAAAGAAAUAAAUAAUAUGCAGGCGAUCAAGAAAGAACCGCCAUCAAGUGGCUCUUAUUGUGGUGACGAGGGGUUAGUGCUGGCCAUGGCGUUGCAGGGGGAAGACCAGGACCUGCUGGGCCGGAAGCUGCCGUCCGCCGGCAUGCCGUACAAGGUGAAGGGCUCCUCCUGCCGGAGGAAGCGCGAGUUCAUCCCCGACGAGAAGAAGGACAACCUGUACUGGGAGCGCCGGCGGAAAAACAACGAGGCGGCCAAGCGGUCGCGGGAGAAGCGCCGGCUCAACGACAUGGUGCUGGAGAACAAGCUGAUGGCGCUGGGCGAGGAGAACGCCACGCUGAAGGCCGAGCUGCUGUCGCUCAAGCUGAAGUUCGGCCUGGUCAGCUCGGCCACCUACGCCCAGGAGGUGCAGAAGAUCUCCAGCUGCACGGCCGCCCUGUACCAGGACUUCCUGUCGCCGCCCGCCGGCCAGAGCUCCUUCCCCCGGGAGCUGGGCAGCAGCUGCAUCUCCGUCAUCAAGCACUCGCCCCACGGCGCGCUGUCGGACGCCUCGGACGCCUCCUCCCACACCGCGGCCCACGGCAGCCCCCGGGCCGACGGGUGCCGGUCCCCGGAGGUCAUCAAGCAGGAGCCGCCCGACGGCGCCGGCUACGGCCGGGAGGGGAGGGAGCGGGGCACCCCGCGGGGCAACCCGUACGAACUCUACCGCAGCUACCUGGCCAGCCCCUUCCCGGGGGUCUACUCCCAGCCGUCGCCCUUCCUGCAGAUCACCAGCUCCUCCAGCAACUCGCCCCGGACCUCGGACGGCGACGAGGGGCCCGUGAGCAAGUCCUCGGACGGGGAGGACGAGCAGCAGGUCCCGAAAGGCCCCGUGGCCCCCGCCUGCGACCCCCCCAGCGUCAUCGUCUCUGCGAUGAGGGCGUCGGACCCGGGGGGCUCCGCCCUGCCCCACAAGCUGCGGCUCAAGGCGCGGGCCAUCCGCAUCAAGGUGGAGGCCGUGGACCCCGAGUACGACCCGGGGAAGCCCGCCUCGCCCGUCGACAUGUCCGGCAAGGGCGGCUACCAGACGGGCAAGCGCCCCGCGUCCCUCCAGCCGUCCCUCGGGCCCCUGUCGCUGCAAGUGACCGACGUCCAGGACUGGGCUCCCCAGCCGGAGGCGCUCCCGAGCGGGUGCAAGAACCGCCGGCUCUGGCCCGGCUCGCCCGGUCCGGCGGCCCACAAACUCACCGUCGACCUCCAGGACAGCUCUUACGCCGACGCCGAGAGCUUCUGUUUGAAGCGCGGCAUCGCCGACCUCUCCGCAGAGGUGGCGUCCCUGAAGAGACUGAUCACGACGCGGCGAGGGUCUGGCGUGGAGGGGGCCGAGCCCGUCUGCCUCGCCCCCGACCCCCCGCUGGAGGGGCGCCUCGCCCCCGACCCCCCGCUGGAGGGGCGUCACGCCCCCGACCCCCCGCUCAAGUGAGUCGGGCGCAGAGCUCGGUUGUGUUCCAUUGUGUUCGUUAUUGCACUGUGCGCUGGAUAUGGUGUGGAAACGAUGCGGCUCUUCAUGGAUGGCGUGCUGUGCACUUGCUGGUGUAGUCGACAUGAUACUCCUGAUCGCUCCAUCUCUCGUCAAAUGUCAGGCUACGUGACAGUUAAAUGUAAAAGUUUUCUCCAUUUUUCUUGUAAAAAAUGUACGGUCUUUUUUGUUUACAAUAAAUGUACCUAAGCACUGAAA